AUGGAGGCCGCCUGCCGCCGCCUCGCGCUCGUCACCGUCGCCACCGCCGUCCUGCUCGGGGCGGCGGCCGCGCUCUCGGACGCGGAGGCGUCCGACAUCGCGCGACGGCAGAUGCUGUCCCUGCGCGAGGGCAACGGCGAGCUCCCCGACGACUUCGAGUUCGACAUCCGCGUCGACGUCACCUUCGCCAACGAGCGCCUCCGCCGCGCGUACGCCGCGCUCCAGGCCUGGCGCCGCGCCAUGUACUCCGACCCCAAGAACUUCACCGGCGGCUGGGUCGGGGCCGACGUGUGCUCCUACUUCGGCGUCACGUGCGCCCAGGCCCUCGACGACCCCAGGGUCACCGUCGUCGCCGGCGUCGACCUCAACGGCGGCGACAUCGCGGGGUACCUCCCCGCCGAGCUCGGCCUCAUGAGCGACCUCGCCUUCUUCCACAUCAACUCCAACCGCUUCUGCGGCAUCAUCCCCAAGAGCUUCAGCCGCCUCGCCCUCCUCCACGAGCUCGACGUCAGCAACAACCGCUUCGUCGGCGCCUUCCCCGACGUCGUGCUGCAGAUCCCCGUGCUCAAGUACCUCGACCUCCGGUUCAACGACUUCGACGGCGCCCUCCCGCCGGAGCUCUUCGAGAAGGACCUCGACGCCAUCUUCGUCAACAGCAACCGCUUCGUCGGCACCAUCCCGGAGAACUUCGGCAACUCCACGGCCACGGUGGUGGUGCUCGCCAACAACGCCUUCGUCGGGUGCAUCCCUCGCAGCGUCGGCCGCAUGGCCGACACGCUCGACGAGCUCGUCCUGCUCAACAACCGCCUCGACGGCUGCAUCCCGCCGGAGCUCGCCAACCUCGGCAACACCACGGUGGUGGACGUCAGCGGGAACGCGCUCGUCGGCACGCUGCCCGAGGGGCUCCUCAACAUGACCAAGCUGGAGCAGCUCGGCGUGUCGAGGAACCAGCUCGCCGGCGCCGUGCCGGAGCGUGUCUGCAAGCUCCCGGCACUCGCCAACUUCAGCUUCGCCCACAACUUCUUCAGCGUCGAGCCGGCGGCGUGCGUGCCGGCGGAGGACAAGCCCGUGGCGCUCGACGACAGCAGCAACUGCCUCGGCAGCGGACGCCCGGAGCAGAAGCCGUCGCCGGUGUGCGCGCCCGUACUUGCACACCCCGUCGACUGCCGCACCAACGUCUGCUCCGCCGGCCCCAACCCGCCGAGGCCAACUUACACGCCGUCGCCGAAGAGGGAGACGCCCGUGCCGCCGACGCCCAAGCCAACGCCUGUGCCGAAGCCAGAAACACGGCCGCCACUGGUGAAGUUCCCGCCACCGCAAGCGCCAAUGAGUUCCCCACCACCACCGGUGAAAUCUCCUCCUCCGCUGGCUCCGGUGAGCUCACCGCCGCCACCCGUGAAAUCGCCUCCACCGCCGGCUCCGGCGAGCUCGCCACCACCACCGGCGCCAGUUAGCUCGCCACCCCCACCAGUGAAAUCACCUCCACCACCAGCUCCGGUGAGUUCGCCACCCCCACCCGUGAAGUCACCUCCGCCACCAGCUCCGAUGAACUCGCCGCCACCUCCAGUCAAAUCUCCUCCACCUCCACCACCAGUGAAAUCGCCACCUCCUCCAGCUCCGGUGAGCUCGCCGCCACCACCUGUAAAAUCGCCUCCUCCACCGGCUCGAGUGAGCUCACCACCUCCACCUGUAAAAUUCCCUCCCCCACCUGCUCCAGUGAGAUCACCGCCACCACCUGUAAAAUCCCCUCCACCACCAGCUCCGGUAAGCUCUCCACCGCCGCCGGUACAAUCACCGCCGCCACCAUCACCGGUGAGUUCUCCACCCCUACCAAUCAAAUCACCACCUCCACCAGCUCCGGUAAGCUCUCCGCCACCACCACCACCACCAGUUCAUUCCCCACCUCCACCAGCUCCCGUGAGCUCACCACCUCCCCCGGUAAAAUCUCCUCCUCCACCGGCCCCAAUCAGCUCCCCACCCCCGCCUGUAAAAUCUCCACCGCCACCAGCCCCCUUGAGCUCACCGCCCCCACCCGUACUCCCACCACCACCGCCACUGGCUCCAUCACCGCCUCCGCCAUCACCGGGUAUCAUCCUGCCACCAAUCAUGUCGCAGAAGUACGCUUCGCCGCCGCCGCCUCAGUUCCAAGGAUACUAACUGCUCCACUGACUCAUGCUGAGAGAUGACCAGGACGACGAGGCGGCUGCGAUGAUCAGCUGAUCACAGCAUGCUCUAGUGACGUGGAAGCUCUGGUGAGUGAAAGGGCGGUACCUGCAUGCGUUGCAGCGUGGGUGCAUGCGUGCGUGUAUAUGUCUAUAUGAGUAUAGGUAAUGUACGUAAGUACCCACACGUGUGCACAUGUAACUUGACCGGAGAAGAGGAAUUGAGCAAAAGGAGGGGGGAACUAAGGUCACACCACGAUGCAAUUGUAAGAAGUUUUUGGGAUUCUGAUGCAGAAUGGGAGAGACGGGUAUACUCAAAUGUUGGUGACACUAUUUUCAUUGAUAACAUUGGUGAACUAAAUAGUACUGUAGU